AUGUGCGAUCGUGCCAUCGACUCGGCGUCUCUCCUGGUUGGAGAAGCGCUUGAGGUUAAGGAAGGAGAAGACGUCAGUCGGCGUGGGGUAGAGCGUGCGGAAGGUGUCGAUGCGUUGGUCCAGGCGCGCGCGUUGGUCCAGGCGCGCGCGUUCGUCCAGGCGCGCGCGUGUUGGUCCAGGUGCGCGCGUUGGUCCAAGGGCACGCGUUGGUCCAAGGGCGCGCGUUGGUCCAGGCGCGCGCGUUGGUCCAGGCGCGCGCAUCGGUCCAGGCGCGCGCGUUGGUCAAGGCGGGUGCGAUGGUCCAGGGGCGCGCGUUGGUCCAGGCGCGCGCGUUGGUCCAGGCGCGCGCGCUGGUCAAGGCGCGCGCGUUGGUCCAGGGGCGCGCGUUGGUCCUGGCGCGCGCGUUGGUCCAGGCGCGCGCGUUGGUCCAAGGGCGCGCGUCGGUCCAAGGGCGCGCGUUGGUCCAGGGGCUCGCGUUGGUCGAGGCGCGCGCGUUGGUCCAGGCGCGCGCGUUGGUCCAGGCGCACGUGUUGGUCCAGGGGCGCGCGUUGGUCCAGGGGCGCGCGUUGGUCUAGGGGCGCGCGUUGGUCCAGGCGCGCGCGUUGGUCCAGGCGCGCGCGUUGGUCCAGGCGCGCGCGUUGGUCCAAGCGCGCGCACGUUGGUCCAGGCGCGCGCGCCUUGGGCCAGGCGCGCGUGUUGGUCCAGGGGCGCGCGUUGGUGCAGGGGCGCGCGCGCGUUGGUCCAGGCGCGCGCGUUGGUCGAGGCGCGCGCGUUGGUCCAGGGGCGCGCGUUGGUCUAGGCGCGCGCGUUGGUCCAGGCGCGCGCGUUGGUCUACGCGCGCGCGUUGGUCCGGGCGCGCGCGUUGGUCCGGGCGCGCUCGUUGGUCCAGGCGCGCGCGCAUUCGUCCAGGCGCGCGCGCCGGUCCAGGCGCGCGCGCGUUGGUCAAGGCGCGCGCGUUGGUCCAGGGGCGCGCGUUGGUCUAGGCGCGCGCGUUGGUCCACGCGCACUCGUUGGUCCGGCGCGCGCGUUGGUCCGGCGCGCGCGUUGGUCCGGCGCGCGCGUUGGUCCAGGCGCGCGCGCGUUGGUCCAGGCGCGCGCGUCGGUCCAGGCGCGCGCGUUGGUCCAGGCGCGCGCGUCGGUCCAGGCGCGCGCGUCGGUCCAGGCGCGCGCGCGUUGGUCAAGGCGCGCGCGUUGGUCCGGGCGCGCGCGUUGGUCCGGCGCGCGCGUUGUUCCAGGCGCGCGCGCGUUGGUCAAGGCGCGCGCGUUGGUCCAGGCGCGCGCGUUGGUCGAGGCGCGCGCGUUGGUCGAGGCGCGCGCGCCUUGGUCCAGGCACGCGCGUCGGUCCAGGGGCGCGCGCGUCGGUCAAGGCGCUCGCGUUGGUCCAGGCGCGCGCGUUGGUCCAGGCGCGCGCGUUGGUCCAGGCGCGCGCGUUGGUCUUGGCGCGCGCGUUGGUCCAAGGGCGCGCGUCGGUCCAAGGGCGCGCGUGGGUCCAGGGGCUCGCGUUGGUCUAGGCGCGCGCGUUGGUCCAGGCGCGCGCGUUCGUCCAGGCGCGCGCGUUCGUCCAGGCGCGCGCGGGGCGCAUUGGUCCAGGGGCGCGCGUCGGUCCAGGGGCGCGCGUCGGUCCAGGGGCGCGCGUCGGUCAAGGCGCGCGCGUCGGUCCAGGCGCGCGCGUCGGUCCAGGCGCGCGCGUCGGUCCAGGCGCGCGCGUCGGUCCAGGCGCGCGCGUCGGUCCAGGCGCGCGCGUCGGUCCAGGCGCGCGCGUCGGUCCAGGCGCGCGCGUCGGUCCAGGCGCGCGCGUCGGUCCAGGCGCGCGCGUCGGUCCAGGCGCGCGCGUCGGUCCAGGCGCGCGCGUCGGUCCAGGCGCGCGCGUCGGUCCAGGCGCGCGCGUCGGUCCAGGCGCGCGCGUCGGUCCAGGCGCGCGCGUCGGUCCAGGCGCGCGCGUCGGUCCAGGCGCGCGCGUCGGUCCAGGCGCGCGCGUCGGUCCAGGCGCGCGCGUCGGUCCAGGCGCGCGCGUCGGUCCAGGCGCGCGCGUCGGUCCAGGCGCGCGCGUCGGUCCAGGCGCGCGCGUCGGUCCAGGCGCGCGCGUCGGUCCAGGGGCGCGCGUCGGUCCAGGGGCGCGCGUCGGUCCAGGCGCGCGCGUCGGUCCAGGCGCGCGCGUCGGUCCAGGCGCGCGCGUCGGUCCAGGCGCGCGCGUCGGUCCAGGCGCGCGCGUCGGUCCAGGCGCGCGCGUCGGUCCAGGCGCGCGCGUCGGUCCAGGCGCGCGCGUCGGUCCAGGCGCGCGCGUCGGUCCAGGCGCGCGCGUCGGUCCAGGCGCGCGCCUCGGUCCAGGCGCGCGCCUCGGUCCAGGCGCGCGCGCCUUGGUCGAGGGGCGCGCGCCUUGGUCGAGGGGCGCGCGUUGGUCGAGGGGCGCGCGUUGGUCGAGGGGCGCGCGUUGGUCCGGGGGCGCGCGUUGGUCCGGGCGCGCGCGUUGGUCCGGGCGCGCGCGUUGGUCCGGCGCGCGCGUUGGUCCGGGCGCGCGCGUUGGUCCGGGCGCGCGCGUUGGUCCGGGCGCGCGCGUUGGUCCGGGCGCGCGCGUUGGUCCGGGCGCGCGCGUUGGUCCGGGCGCGCGCGUUGGUCCGGCGCGCGCGCUGGUCCAGGCGCGCGCGCGCUGGUCCAGGCGCGCGCGUUGGUCCAGGCGCGCGCGUUGGUCGAGGCGAGCGCGUUGGUCCAGGCGCGCGCGCAUUGGUCCAGGCGCGCGCGCCGGUCCAGGCGCGCGCGCGUUGGUCAAGGCGUGCGCGUCGGUCUAGGCGUGCGUUGGUCUAG